AUGGACCUCUCCGUUGCCAUGCUACCAGUGAGUGGGCGCCGGUGGUCUCGAAGGAUGAAGCUGGCGAUUCUGACCGUUUGCGGAAUGACCAUGGUGCGAAGCUUCGUCCUUGGAGCAUAUCUGGGCACGCAUUGCGGGAGAUCGAGCAGAUCUUCCCAGCCGGCCAGGCUAGCUGUUACUAGACUGCAGGCGACUGCAGACAGCGAUCAGAAGUUUAGCAAGCAAAAGUUCCUGCGACGGCCCGAGUUCGACCCGCUCUCUUUGCAGGAGUUUCGUCGUGAAGCUUUGCUGCAAUAUUCAAACACGAACCAGUCGGAGCCCUUGCGCAUUCUGAUCUUCCUGUUCCUGACCAUCUGCGGCUUGUUUUCCCCAACCUUCUUCCCGUCCAACGCCGGCCCGCCCUUCUUCGUGGCAGCUGCGGCGGUGACGCUGGUGUCGGGGUUCCUCUUCCUCCGCGAGCGCGGCAAGCGCACCGCCCAGCUGGUGCGCCUGGAGCGCGAGUACUCAAUUGGCGACUUGUCCGUGGAACUGUCGGACGCCGUCUCCGGCCGGUCGCAGAGGAAGGAGCUGCAGGCUCUGCGGGAUCAGUAUCGGCUCGUGGCCCUCUUCGGCGGCUUCGAGCAGCUCGCGGAAGCGCUGCGGGCGGCGCUGCCGUACAGGAGGCGUUUCGAGCAGAGCCGCGUUCUGAUCUUGGCCGUAUCCGAGACCUUGGAGGACUCGGACAAGGUGGCCUUCGCAGCCUUCGGCUCGGAGACGCUGCUGCGGCAGGCGGCUCCUUGGCUGGCAAAGGCAAAGCAGCUGCGGCGCUGGAGGAGCUACUUCGAGGCCCUGUCAGAAGGCAAGAACACCUCAGGGGACUGCCUGUGGGUGGGGCUCAACUUCCGCGGCCGGGUCUUUGGGAGCGAUUUCGGAUGCCCAAUUUGGGACGAGGUGCUGGCCGCCAUGCCUCCAAUCAAGCGUCUCAGCUCGCUGGAGCAGAAAUAUGCUCUGGCCGACGCCGCGGGGGCCCUCGAGGCCCAAGAGGAGUUCUAUCGGGCGCUGUGUGAAGGGGACGCCGAGGCCAUGGAAGCGCUUUUUGGAGACCAUCUGGAUGAUGCGGAGCUCACUGCCGCGAUUCAAGUCGAUGGGGAGACUGGUAGCACCAACCUGAGCCCAUGGACGGUGGUGCUGGCGCCAGAGAACCGGCCAGAGCUGAAAACCGCGAGCGCCGACUGCGUGAGCCUUUCAACAACGAAAUCCAUCACCACCUGCAUCGAGUUCCCUGUUUUGGGCCCAACUCUCCUGGCCACUCAGACGUGGACGCGCAGCAGCGCCUCGGCCCCUUGGAGGCUGCAGAGCCACCGCAGUAUCCCUUAUGCCAUGCAGAUCGAGGCACGCGUGGCCUUGAGGUGUGACCAUAGGGGAUGUAUAGCUUUUGGGAAGCAGCUGGAUGCCAUGCGAUAG